AUGCCUCUCCGGUUUUUCUCUGCAUUUCUCCUCGGCGGCGCGGCAAAGGUGCUCCUCGGCGGCACGGCGUACGCCGCCGGUGCAUAUACGAGCCCGUACCCGCAGAACGCCCGCAACUCUGUUGUCUACCUCGAUACCGCCACGCAGGACGGUAGCUCAUGGCUCGGGUCAGCAGCAACGACACCCAUCGGCCGCAUCGAGAUCGAGCUCUUCGACGACACGGUCCCCAUCACCGCGCGCAACUUUCGUGAGCUCUGCCGCGGCUCGUCAAAGAACACACCGGAGGGGAAACCGCUGCACUACAAGGGCUCUGUCUUCCACCGCAUCAUCCCCGGUUUCAUGAUUCAAGGCGGCGAUAUUACAAAGGGAAACGGCACAGGUGGCUGCUCCAUCUAUGGCGUCCGGUUCAAGGAUGAAUCCUUCGAGGCGAAGGCCGGCAAACACAAGGGCCCGGGUAUUCUCUCCAUGGCUAACGCCGGCCGUAACACCAACGGCUCGCAAUUCUUCAUCUGCACCGUUUCCUGCCCGUGGCUCGACGGCAAGCACGUUGUCUUUGGUCAGGUGCUGCGCGGCUUCGAGCACGCCAAGGCGAUCGAGGACUGUGGCACGCCGCACGGCAAGCCGACGAAAACCGUUGUCGUGUCGGACUGCGGCGUGCUGAAGGAUGCCCCGUAG